AUGGCCAGUCUCAGCAUGACCAACAGCAGCUCAGAACUGCCAGGGCUCUGGGCCCUGGAUGCGUCUACUGUGUGCCUUCUGCAGCCUCUCUGGGAUAUGAUCAAGGCCAGAGAGGGGCUGCUUCAGUCCCCUUUCUUCCCAGUCCUUUUCUCUGGUACCACCUAUGUCGCCUUCUGCCUACCUUUCAUCGUCCUGGACUUUGUGGGCUACAGGGUCCCAGCCCUGAGGAAGUACAAGAUCCAUCCUAAUUUCUACCCAUCUGCAGGGCAGGUUCUGCUCUGCCUGCUGCAUACAGUCUAUCAGCACGUAGUCUUCAUCUUCCCUGUGACUGUCCUCCGCUGGCACUGGGGCCCCCAGACCUGGCCAGCGGUGGCCCCGGGGCUCUGGGAGCUCCUCUACCACGUGACUGUGUGUCUUCUGCUCUUCGAUGCUGAGUUCUUCGUGUGGCAUGUGGUGCAUCACAAGGUCCCCUGGCUGUACCAGACCUUUCACAAGGUCCACCACAAGAACAUAUCCCCCUUCGCCUUGGCUACGCAGUACCUCAGUGUCUGGGAGCUUUCCUCCCUGGGCUUCUUCAACUGCCUGAACCCCAUGCUUCUCGGCUGCCACCCACUGACCACCAUGACCUUCAACGUGGUCAACAUCUGGCUGUCUGUGGAAGACCACUGUGGCUAUGACUUUCCGUGGUCCACGCACCGGCUAGUGCCUUAUGGCUGGUUCGGCGGAGUGUCCCAUCAUGACAUGCACCACAGGAAAAUCAAUUGCAACUAUGCCCCAUAUUUCACCCACUGGGAUAAGCUGUUGGGGACUCUGAGCUUGGGCUCCUCUGCAGGAAAUGCCCCAACCCCGGCCCCUUGGAACUGAGCCCUCCUUGGGGGUGCAAGGUGAAAAAAAAGAAGAAUUUAUUUUAAGUGAAAGAUUCUUGUCUAAUUAGAAGCUAUGAAAGAUGGAAUUUCAUGUAUUUUUACAGUCUGAGCAUAUUUAUUUUGUACGAGAAGAAUGCAAAGUUAUAUAUAUAUAUACAUA